GGUUUCUUAAUCUUCUUUUCUAAUAAUCUCCAAUAAGAUUGUCAAAUUUGAACAGGACAGACAGGAAAACAAUUUGCAUUUUCAAACCGAAACUUAGAUUUUCACUUUCUUUGAGAGUUAACUUCAAAGGAGAUAUCUCUAUAAUACUGUCUAUGAUAAUAGUAGUAUUUACUGUAUACGUGUAUCUGUGACCGUAUGUGAAAGUUGUGGUACUUUUUUAUACAUGCAUCUAGGCAAUUCUUACAAAUCUAACUUUAUGUACUAGAAAAAAUUGCUUUCUACCAAAACACUCUUCGUUCAUUUUUUCACUCAUAUCUAUGUGGUGAAAAACAUUAUGCAAUCACUAAGUCUGAUGCUGUAUUAUCUUUUCUGCAAAACUACCCUAUCUCAAUAAGUUGCAAAUAUCUUUGUUUUCCUUCAGAUGUACAUAUGUAAGUAAAUGAAUAAUGAAUUCAUUCAUUAACAUGUAUUGUACCUCAUUAAGCUUAAGAUUCCAUCAACACCUUAUAUUACUGCUAUCACCUUCUAACCUAUUACUUAUAUUGUCAUUAUUAUUCUGUAAUUCAACUAUCCCUCUUAUGUCUAUAUCGAAUGUAAAUAUUCCACGCAUAAAGCAUUCACUAGGUAAUUCAUUUUCUUCAAAACAUAAACAUCCAGUGAUGCCGAUAACAACACCAAUAACACCAGCAAUCGUAUUACAUUCACCAUUGUCAACUUCACUGGAUUAUUAUCAAACGCUUAAUCGAAGGUAUGCUAGGAGUUUACCAGUUCAUUCAUUACCAGUGUCCAGUAGAUGCCCACCGAGUACUACAAAACAAAAAGAUACAUUCCUUUGGACAAUUUCAACUGAACCAAUCUCAUAUCUUUUCGGUACACUACACGUAGCUUAUACACAUGUUUGGUCACAAAUUGAUCCUGCAGUUAAACAAAGUUUUACACAAUCUGAUAUUAUCUAUUUUGAACUUGACCUAACUGAUCCGGUUACAUUGAGUGAAUUGAGUAAUUGUCAAAUUCUACCUAAAAAUCAGACAAUUACAAGUUUACUGAAACCAGAUUUAAUUAAACGCUUAGAUGAAUAUUUAAACAAUCUACGUCAUGUUAUCAAUUCAUGGAUUGAACCGGAGAAAAAAAUCUACGCCACCUAUUUAUACGAAACAUUAACAAAAGACUGGAAAGAGAAACGACCAAUCUGGCUGUUAUUACUGUUGAAUAGUUUAUCGAAAGGUGAAAUAUCUGAUCGUGGUGUACCUGUACUAGAUUUGUUUCUUGCACAAGAAGCACAACGAUUGGGUAAAAAACAUGGCGCAGUUGAACAAGUGAAUGAUCAGUGUGAACCACUGAACAGGAUCAGCGUUAAUCAGGUUACGUUUGCUCUUGAAAUGACACUUAACAAUUUAGAGAAUAUGUAUCAUGAAUAUAAAGAGAUGUCUGCUAACUUUACACACAAUAAUAACAAUAAUAAUAAUAAUAGUUUUAAUGAAAACAUUUUAUUAAAUCAAAGGAACCAAGAUUUCAACUAUUCAAUGUUAACAGAUUCUAAACACAAACAAAUUCACCGCACAAAUUUAUUCAAUAGUCCAACAGAGCAAUUAAUUGAACACUAUAAUUGCGGUGAUUUAAAUGUUACACUAUCCAGAAUGUAUUCAACUCAAAGUAAUCCAUCGAAAUCAUUGACAUCAACUGAAGAAGAAACUGGUAAUUCUUCAAUGGGCAACUUAAUUAUCACUAUCCCUGAUAAAGCAAAUGACUCAAUUGAUAAAACGCAUUUUAAUAUAGUGAAUAAUAUUUCUGGACAAAAUAAUCAUCAACAACACACUACAACAUCUUCUCCAACAUUAUUGUCAGGUUAUUUAAUCGACAAAGAAAUUACAAAAGUAUUGACUUCAAGUCAAAUUCAGACAUUAAUCGAUUUAGAGAAUUACUUAAAUGAAGAAUUGAUAGUUAAACGAAAUGAACGUAUGGCACAAGAGAUUGUGAAUAAAUUAAAACUAGCAGAAGCAUUAAAUCAGUCAGCAUUCUUUGCUAUCGGUGCAGCACAUUUUCUUGGAAACGGAGAGACAAUCAUUGAUCACUUGAGAACGGCUGGUUACAUUGUCACGCCAGUCCCACGACAAGAACAAAUGAUCACUGAUGAAAGGAGGAGUCAAAUAUCCGAGAAACCACUUCGAUUCGAAAAAUUUAACAAGCAGUUAAGGCAACAAACAAAAGUUAACGAAGGUAUACUACCUAUGAAGGAAAAAGAUGUGCCCGAAUUUCGACCGAAAUAUGUAAACUUCGACAAUUCAUGGAUAAAAAUAGAAGACUUCAAACCAAGAACAUUUCCCAAUCCAAAACAGUCAUUAUUCUUAACGAGUAACACUCAUGACUGGGGUAAAUCAUCGGCAGAAAGACUGCAAACAAAGCACAGAUUACAGCAGCAACAAUCAGUAGGUCAGAACAUACGAAAAGUUAUCGAAGGUAUGAAACCGACAAACGAUGACCAUGUGAUAAAGAAUUCAGUUCACUCGCAAUUACCAUCCAUGUCAAUAAUUCAAAUAAGGACAGUUAUAAACAUUAUUCUCGUACAAUGUAUAUUAUUUUAUUUAUGAAAACCUUUAAAUAUUUCAUUUUGUCAUAUACAGAUGAAACUUUAAUAUAAUAAAAUAUAUGAAUAUACACGAAUUUUCUUAUUCUGAACACCCAUACGAUGAUAAGGCAUUCCGUGAAAAUUAUCGGCAGACUACCUUAAAUUCCCUAAUACCAGACACAGAGCUCUGCACAGAAACCGAAAUUAUGAACAAAAUAAUUAACGACAAAGAAAAAACAAACAAAACCCGAGAAAGGAAAAACUCAAUGACGCGAACUCGGUAACGUAGAACCAAAAUAGAGAAAAUGAGACCGUCAACAGACGCAGGAACACAAAUCAUUCGUCCACAAAUAGGUGACACGAAAAAAUAUGACACAAAACAAUAAUAAAAAACAUGUAAAAAAAUACACACGAAUACAAGAAAAACACCAACACGAACACAACAACAACUACAACACAAUCAUCAACA